ACAAUGUCAGACAAAGAGUCACCUCAGCAUGAUACUGAUACAGAAGUAGAUUCUACACAAUUGGAUUCUAGCAACAACUCAUCCGAAUCAGAAGAUUCACAAUCAGAAAACUCAGAGUACGAAACUGAGGGUGAGUCAAUUGUUUCCAAAGAAGAGGAAAAUUGUCUUCGAUAUUUCCUAGGCAUUGGUAUCGCAGAAAAGGCAGUAAGGAUGUGGUUUGAUACCGUUAUUCCAGCAGAUCAACUUGAAAAUCAUUUGAAUAGUCAUGAAAAGAAACUGUUAAAGAAUUCCAACACUGAACAAAUAUCGACAUUAUUUCCUGAAAUAGAAGCAAUAAAAUCGGAUGAUAAACACAGUUCAAUAUAA